AUGUCAAGUAAACGCACAGGCAAGCCUUCACGGGGCAACAAGAAGAGUGAACUUGAACGAAAGAGAGAUGAACGAUCAGCACGGCGGGCACUCGCCAAGGCGCGUAAGAAUCAUCCUCAGGACGGUGAUGACGGAGCAGAGUUUCUCAGUUUCUCCACUCAGCUGCAGGCACUGGGGCUGAAGCUGAAAGAAGUCCCCGGUGAUGGGAACUGCCUGUUCAGAGCUCUCGGAGACCAGUUAGAGGGUCACUCGCGAUCUCAUCUGGAGCUACGUGAGGAGACUGUCCAGUAUAUGAAGUCCCAUCGACAAGACUUUGAACCUUUUGUAGAGGACGAUAUUCCUUUCACUGAGCACAUAUCAAACCUGGCACAGGCUGGAACAUUUGCUGGCAAUGACGCUAUUGUGGCUUUUGCUCGAAGUCAGCAGGUGAAAGUAGUCAUCCAUCAGCUAAACACACCACUUUGGGAGGUAAAUGGUGCGGAGAAACAGAUAUGCAGAGAACUACACAUUGCUUAUCGGUACGGGGAUCAUUAUGACAGUGUGAGGCGCAUCGAUGACAACUCGGACAGCCGUGGUCAGCAACGCAUUCAGGUGUCCAACAAAUCUAGAAAGGAGGGCAGGAGACAUGAAAAGAAGCAGCAGCGUCAAGAGGACCGAAAUCGACUCAAAGUUCUCAACAACCGAGGGGAUCAAAACAAGAAUCUUCCAGAGGCUAUAACUUUAAUACCAGCUCUAAAUACCCUCAGUAUAUGA